AAAUCUUCCCCUUUCUUCCAGAUGCCUAUCAGAUAGUGUUUGUAUCCGAUCCGUUCAUGGGCAGACGAUCCAACGCGACGAUGUUUCGCCGAAGAACCCUAAUUCUGGGGUUUGUCGCCGCUCUUUUAUUGGGAACCGUCAUAUACUUCCGGCUAUGGUCCAUCGAUUCAUCGUUUACUGUAGACGACAGAGAAGAACUAAGAAGACAGUUUGACCGUGCCAAUAUGGAAGCCAUGGACGAAUCAGCUGCAUGGAGAAUGAAAUAUGAUGCAGAGUUUGAUAAGAGCAGAAAAUUUGAGGAUGAAUUGGUGAAGGUUAAGGCUGCUCAAGCAGGAACCAAUGAGAGGCUUAUAGCACUGCGAAAGGAAAAUGAGAGUUUGAAGAAGAAAGUGAAGUUACUGAUGAGCACUAAGGAACACUGUAAUUGUAAUAACUCAUCAAUUUGACUCCAAUGAGCCAAUUACAGUCAGAAUUCAGUGAAGUACAUAUCAAUAUAAUGAGGAAAUCAUUAAGUUGGUUCUUUA